AUGCUAAUCAACCUGGAAGCCCCAAACGACGAAUGGGAUUACAAAUCCGCUUUAAGAGAAGUCCUCCAUUUCCGCUCAGAUCUCAUGCGCGAGUUCCAGAGAAACAUUUACGUAUCGAGAAAAAGAAUUAUGCCCGAAUCUGAGCAGCCAAAAUUUUCUGAGCAGAGUACAGAAUUGGAACUCGUAAUUCUGGUAUUCCCAACAGAAAGACAUCUGAAAAUAGCUUUGAAAAGGAGAAUAUUGCUUAAAGGGUUUGAGUUGAGCUCGAGGAGAUAUAUCCAGGCUAGAGAGCCUUUCGGAAGAACACUGAUGGGCUAUGGACGCAGUAGCAGCGCGAGUUUGGAAGCACAAAAAGACGAUUUGAUGGAUGGGUUGGUAUCUGACUUGAGUUCUUUCGGAUUGUCAAGAUAUUGUGCGGAAGAAGACAUCGAGAUGAAUUGA